AUUUCCUCUCCACUGUCUGGAACUGAUUGUCCUAAAUAUAUAUUAUAUAUAUAUAUAUAUAUAUAUAUAUAUAUAUAUAUAUAUAUAAUUUUCUGUUUUCACGGACUGUUUUUGUUCAUAAAAAGGACUUCGAGUGUUUUUUAUGAAUAAUCAAAGGCAGCAGAAGCCUACACUAACAGGCCAACGAUUCAAAACACGAAAAAGAGAUGAAAAGGAGAGGUUUGACCCUUCCCAGUUUCAGGAAAGCAUCGUACAAGGUCUGAACCAAACUGGCACAGAUUUGGAAGCUGUCGCAAAGUUCCUUGAUGCCUCUGGUGCCAAGCUUGACUACCGACGCUAUGCCGAGACUUUAUUCGACAUCCUGGUGGCCGGUGGAAUGCUGGCCCCGGGGGGAUCCAUGGCAGAUGACAUGACCCGCACAGAGUUCUGUCUCUUCAAAGCACAAGAGGACAUGGAGACCAUGCAAGCAUAUGCGCAGGUCUUCAAUAAGCUCAUCAGGCGCUACAAAUAUUUGGAAAAAGGAUUUGAAGAGGAGAUCAAAAAGCUUCUGCUGUUUCUCAAGGGCUUCACAGAGUCUGAGCGCAACAAGCUGGCCAUGCUAACAGGGAUUCUGCUGGCUAAUGGCAAUAUCUCUGCGUCCAUUCUAAACAGCCUCUUCAACGAGAACCUGGUCAAAGAAGGUGUUUCAACAUGCUUCGCUGUAAAACUCUUCAAAUCCUGGCUUUCUGAGAAGGACAUCAACUCUGUCGCUGGCAGUCUCCGAAAAGUUGGCAUGGAACACAGGCUCAUGGAGCUCUUCCCUGCCAACAAGCGGAGUUGUGAGCACUUCUCAAAGUACUUCACAGACGCAGGCCUCAAGGAGAUUUCGGACUUUGCCAGAAACCAGCAGUCCAUAGGUGCCCGAAAGGAGCUGCAGAAAGAGCUUGAGGAGCAGAUGUCACGCGGGGACCCCCUCAAAGAUAUCAUCGCCAACAUACGAGAGGAGAUCAAGAAGAACAACAUCUCCGAGCAGAUGAUGAUUGGACUAAUUUGGUCCAGUGUAAUGAGCUCCGUGGAGUGGAACAAGAAGGAGGAGCUAGUCACAGAACAAGCCAUCAAACAUUUAAAGCAAUACAGCCCACUGUUGAAGGCCUUGACAUCCCAGGGUCUCUCUGAACUCACUCUCCUGCUAAAGAUCCAGGAGUACUGCUAUGACAACAUCCAUUUCAUGAAAACCUUCCAGAAAAUAGUUGUUCUACUUUACAAAGCGGAUGUCUUGAGUGAGGAAGCGAUUCUGAAGUGGUAUAAUGACGCCCACUCAGCCAAAGGAAAGAGCGUUUUCCUUGAACAGAUGAAAAAGUUUGUUGAAUGGCUCAAGAGUGCAGAGGAAGAGUCCGAGUCUGAGGAAGAGGAGGCCGACUGAGAAACCUCAAACUACUAUCCUGAUUUUGUAUUUUUACAUCAACAUAGCAUCAGAUGCAAUAGAACCGUUGGUUUUUUUUCUCCCCCAUUUUUCUCUUCUACCUCCUCAUCAAGGGCUUUAAUAGUUGUAGUAAUAAUUGUUUUAAUUUUAGACAUAUUUUUCAGUCUGACUCAAUACUUGUACUCUUCUUUAUACUCCUUCAGGAGCCGGUCACAGUGCCACAUUUAGCUAAAUAGACUGAAACCCCUUUCAUGUAACAAAGGGGGAUUUUUUUUUUAAACGAUUCUCUUUAAAAUUAGCCAGUUUGAAGGCAUAUUUCACAGCUAUAGUAUUUAGUCAUGGAACUCUUGACACUCAAGUUUGCCAGAGGUCCGUCUGUAUAGCCACGAUAUCUCUGCCCUGUUAAAGCCAAAUUUGUCUAACCUAAUUUUACAUUUCUGCCAAUUACGUGACAACUUUGAAUUUGUUUUUAGAUUAUUUUUUAUCAUCGGUGACGGACGAUGCCAUUUUAAAUGGCAAUGGUGACAGUGGCAAUGCCCCCCCAAAAAGGAAUUUUAACAGUUUUGUUCUUCACAUUUUAUGUAACAGAACCAUAAAUGCUUUGCAGUUUGUUUCUGUUUUUUCCUUUGCCACACAGUUUGACUUUUUAAAAGAAAUGGAAAUAAAUGGUUUUCAUUA